UAUAAUACAAAGCAGUAAAAGCGGUCGCCUCACACAAGCGGCUGCAGCUCGACAAGAGAUCUAUUCUGUUGCUACUUUUUUUUUAACCCUCCUUCGAUGUGUCCCGUUAUUUCAUUUUGUCUGAGGCGUUCGUUUCCGCACCUGCCACGGUAAACGCCAGUUUAAGGCGAAGCAGGGGAGGAGACAAGGACAUUGCGAGAGCUGGGAGAGGCAGACGGUAGAGACAGACGCGGUGACUCGUUUGAGAUCUAUAACAACAAAAAUGCUGCGCUGGACCAGAAUCGUAUUGCUCGGUCUCAUCUGCUUGUCCUUGGUGUCCUCUGGGAUGGGAUGCGGACCAGGCAGGGGCUACGGCAGGAGAAGGCACCCGAAGAAGCUGACACCUCUUGCGUACAAGCAGUUUAUCCCCAAUGUGGCGGAGAAGACCCUUGGGGCAAGCGGCAGAUACGAAGGCAAAAUCACAAGAAACUCCGAGCGAUUUAAGGAACUGACUCCAAAUUACAACACCGACAUCAUAUUCAAGGAUGAGGAAAACACCGGUGCCGACAGGCUAAUGACUCAGAGAUGUAAAGACAAGCUGAACUCACUGGCCAUCUCAGUGAUGAACCAGUGGCCCGGGGUGAAGCUGCGGGUCACCGAGGGCUGGGACGAGGACGGACACCACUUUGAGGAGUCUCUUCACUACGAGGGCAGGGCCGUGGACAUCACCACCUCGGACAGAGAUAAGAGCAAAUAUGGCACUCUGUCCAGACUGGCGGUGGAAGCCGGAUUCGACUGGGUCUAUUAUGAAUCCAAAGCACACAUCCACUGCUCUGUCAAAGCAGAAAACUCGGUGGCAGCAAAGUCAGGCGGCUGUUUCCCAGGCUCCUCCACUGUCAGCCUUCAGGAUGGCACCAAGAAGGCAGUGAAAGACCUCCGAACCGGUGACAAGGUGCUGGCAGCGGAUGAGGAUGGAAACUCGAUUUACACCGACUUCAUAAUGUUCAUAGACCAAGACUCAACGACCAGGAGGCUCUUCUACGUGAUCGAAACCGACUCGGGUCAGAAAAUCACCCUCACCGCCGCGCACCUCCUCUUCGUCAGCCAAAGCAACUUCACUCAAGAGGAGGAUGAUGAGCGGAUGACGGCAAUCUUCGCCAGUCAAGUCCAGUCUGGACACAAGGUUUUCGUCUAUGAUGCCGAGAGAAGUCGACUCGAGCCAGUGAGCGUAAAGCGGAUUUACACGCAGGAGCACGAAGGCUCCUUUGCGCCAGUGACCGUGCAGGGGACUGUUGUAGUGGACCAGGUGCUUGCGUCUUGUUACGCAGUGAUCGAAGACCACGACCUGGCGCACUGGGCCCUGGCCCCUGUCAGGCUCGCCCACUGGCUGUCCUCGUUGCUUUUCAGUUCCCAACCUCAAGCCAGUGCGCAGAACGACGGAGUACACUGGUACUCCAAGAUCCUUUAUCAAUUAGGAACUUGGUUCUUGGACAGCCACUCAAUCCAUCCACUUGGGAUGUCAGUAUAUCCGAGUUGAAACCUCUGGCCACAGGAGCAGAGUGAGACUUAAAUGUAGGACCACUCGAACUAUUCAGUAGAUUAAACAAUAAAAUAAAAGAAAAAAAAUACUGAUAAUUAAAAAAAAAAGAACAAACAGACAAACAAGACAAAGGCCCCUGCGGAGUCGGGAUAUUUAUUUCAGUGACUUUUCCAUGAUGUGUCCCCUUUCAAAGAACGAAUGGAGCCUUAACAAGUUUCCCUUGAAUAAUUUAUUCUCAUGCGAACUCGCUGCUGUCACACGAAUGGAUUCUGAAACGGUGUGAGCAGGAAAUUGUGCAUAAUCUAUUUUUGUAUAUCUCCAAUGCAAAAAAGAAAGAUGAAGAAAGAACGAAAAAGAAAAAAGAGCGCAAAGAGAAAACUGUAGAAAGGAGGUAACUUUGACAGGUUGUAAUGUUCAUAUGUGCAUAUAUGUGCAACUGACUGUUAUAUUUUGGGGAGAACAAACUUCGCGGGGUUCCAUAAAUUAUAUUUUUAUACACAGAAUUGUAAAUUAGAUUUUGAACAGAUCGCUACCGAAUCACAUUUCGUUAUUUGAAAUAGUGUAAGAUAUGAGAAUAUAUUUUAAUUUAAAUACAGUAGUUGGGAAAGUAUUGGAAAAACUUGUAUUGCUUGGUUUAUUAAGAACUGCAUUAUUUUGGAAACUGUUCGUUUUAGUUGUCGGAGAGGGACAGAUAUUCUGCCUCAUGUCUGCAUUCUCUGCUUCUCUUUGCUGUUUCUAUUUUUCUGUUUUCUUCUGAGAAAAAUAUCAAAUGCAGAUUCUGACAAUUCAGUAACAGUUAAAAUUGUACUGAAACAAUUUCGUUUAAUAAAUUAGUAGGUAAUAACUCCUGUAAAUGUACUAAAAUGUAUUUUUCUUUUCAUAUUUUGUAAUAGGGAAAUAGUUUUAUAGAAAUGAUCUGCGGCAGAUGCACAGUUUGGAUAGUCUCUAUAGCCAGACCAUACCAGUUAACUUUCAUAACAGGGCGAUGUGUCAA